UUUUAGAUUAACCUAUACCUUCCCUCAGUGUGAAAUGACAGGAGUUGUGGUGGACAUUGAAGAUAGAGCUACUCAUUGUGUGCCUGUUGCAGAUGGUUAUGUUAUUGGGAGCAGCACCAAAUCUAUUCCUAUUUGUGGGAAGGAUGUUACUCUCUUCAUUCAGCAGAUCAUGAGGGUACAAGGAUUUGGCUUCCACAAUGAACAUUCUUUUCCAAGGUAUGUUGGUCUUAAAGCAUGCAUAACCCGACUAUCUGAGGAUGGGUAUGGAGCUAAUAUUACUACAUGGCGUGCUCGCCUGCAUAAUCCCCUAGAUAGGCUCCGGGGCAUAGAAAUUGAUGCCUAUAUAUCCAGAAAGGAGCUCUUUAAGGCUGAAUCAAGAUAUUGGUAUGAAGUAAUAGAAAGCUAUAUCCGUGUUUUCCAUUGGAAGAAGUUAAAGAUGCGGAAUGAGAUGGAUAUGUGGGCUGGGUUUGGAGGGUUUGCAGCAGCAUUACAUGAUCUAGAGAUUGAUUGUUGGGUGAUGAAAAGCUUUUUUUAUUAAAAAAU